UGAAACUUGUUGUAAACGUUGCUCCACGAUUCGUGGUUCUACCUCCAGUUUACUUCGCUGGUUACGAAGACUGGAACACAACCAUCACAUGUAAUAUAUUUGGAUUUCCUCCUCCGCGGAUUGAGUGGACACGCCCACAGAAUGUCAUGCCUAAAGGACGCCAUGUAAAAACUGGUAACCGCCUUACCAUCAUGAAUACAAAGAGAGAGGAUAAGGGACCCUAYAUGUGCAAAGGAAUCAAUGACCAAGGAAAUGAACUUGCUAUAGUAGUGCUAAAUGUUUAUUCUGUCAUUGCUCCUGUCAUUGUGCAAUCAUCGCCUAAUAACGUCACCGUAAAUAAAGUCAUGAGCCGCGUCAAAUUGAACUGUUCGGCUACUGGAACACCACUGCCAACAAUCGAGUGGAGCAAAGAUGGCCGACCUUUAUCUGUAAACACUACAGUUCGCCAGACCAAUAAAGAAACUAUAGGCGAGUUGGUUAUUGAUUCGUUCAUGCCUCAAGACCAAGGACGAUACAAAUGCUUUUUUAGAAACUACGAGAAUGGAACGGCCGAAACUACAAUACAAGUCUCCUUAAUGAGCUGUGGCGAUCCUGGAAAACCCUUGAAUGGCUAUCGCACUGGCAAUGAGUUCUGGGCUGGAAAUAUGGUAGUUUAUACUUGUGAUCCUGGUUAUUACUUGGUAGGACCAUCCAACCGACUUUGUCUGGAAAAUGGUGCAUGGAGUGACUCCAUUCCAUCAUGUCUCCUACUUUGCCCCAGGAUGGUUCCUCCUGUGAACGGGCACAUGGUAGGUGAUUUCCUUGGCAACAGCACUUUAACUUUUAAGUGUAAUACCGGUUACUGGAUCCGUGAAAAUCAUCAACUGCUAUGUGAUCCUAAAACAGGAAACUGGACAAAUUGGAAUGGAACUGUUAUCAUUGAAAACCCCCAGUGUAAAAAUUUUGACGAGUGCUCGACAGGAGCUCAUUCUUGUAGCGUUAACGCACAAUGUACCGACACAAUUGGAUCAUAUAUGUGCCGGUGUAAACCGGGAUUUGAAGGAGAUGGACGUACGUGCUCAAUCAGUCAGGUAUACUACCGAGACACGCAAGGUUGGACUCUUAUUGCUCGAUUUUCAAAUAACGAUACAAAGAACUGGAUGAGAGACGAUGCUUCCUGGUGGUACAGUCUUACAACUCCACAAGGAGACGUCAAUAACCCAGGUGUGAACCAAGACAUGAUCUCUGCAGCCUUCUGGCUAGUGAAAGGUAACAACAUCAAGAUCACUCGCUCUGAUGAUCCUCACCAGACCGCGGCCUUGCUGCAGACUGUUUCAAACUGCUUUUCUACUCAAACUUUCCGUUCAUUGAUCUCAAGCUACGGCCAUUUUACGUAUGGUACGGCAUGGGCAAGCGAUCAGUGUCGUGCUAACUGCCAAGUGUCAUACGGGGGAAACUAUCAGACGACAAAUGGUUUUUCGCAAAGCCAGUGUAGUAGCAAUAUACAGAGUAGUAAUUACAUCGGAUUCUGGUGUGAUUGGGAUAAAGGUGAUGGCGCAGUGAUGAUGAUUGGUGGAGGGGGGUCAGGGUGUAAUCGAGCUGAUCACGGCAUUGCAAUAACAGAGGCUAACGCAGCCGCAUUUUCAGAUUUUGGAGGAGGCGAAUGUGAUUUUGGCAAUGAUGCUCAAGGCGAGGUUUGCACUUCGACUUAUUCUCUUAAUUUGUGGAUUAAGUGAAAACUCGACAAACUUCCUAAACGAAAGAGAAACGUUUACUUAAUAGARCUGCAUGCCAUUGACUUAUUUCAUAUUGUGCCAAUUUUUGAUUAUAGAAAAUGAGCCUCGAUCAUCUAGAAUGAAAGAUCAUAGCAAAAUUUAUAAAAACCGAUUGAAUAAAUAUCAAGAGAUAUACGACAUUUUGAACAUGCUAUAAUUUAACUCAAAAAGAUUUUUUUUACGACAUACCCUUAGAAAUAAAGUCAUUUUUACAAAUGAAAUAAAGAUAAAAAUAAAAUAAAAAUUUUCUUAAUUUUGG